AUGCCUCAAAGCGUAAGUGGCACACAAACCCUCGUCUUUUUCGUUCGAUACACACACCCACACCAAACCGACCCUCAAACACACACACACACACACACACCUGUUCAUCUUCAAGGUUUAGGGUUUCCAACAACAGGAGUCUGAUCGAUCUCAUAUCACCACUAAAAAUGUCUCAAUCUGGAAAACUAAUGCCCAAUCUCGACCAAAACAGCACUAAGAUCCUCAAUCUCACCGUUCUUCAGCGGAUGGAUCCUUACAUCGAAGAGAUCUUAAUCACCGCCGCUCACGUCACCUUCUACGAAUUCAACGUCGACCUCAAUCAAUGGAGUCGUAAGGACGUUGAAGGGUCUCUCUUUGUGGUCAAGAGGAACACUCAGCCAAGAUUCCAGUUUAUAGUAAUGAAUCGACGAAAUACAGCAGAAAACCUUGUGGAGAACCUGUUAGGAGAUUUUGAGUUUGAACUUCAAGUUCCGUAUCUAUUGUAUCGAAAUGCUUCUCAAGAAGUCAAUGGUAUUUGGUUCUACAAUACGCGCGAGUGUGAGGAUGUUGCAAACCUUUUUACUAGGAUACUUGGUGCAUAUUCAAAGGUUCCUUCAAAGCAGAAAGUGAACAAAAGUGAGUUUGAAGAACUUGAAGCAGUGCCUACGUCUGCUGUAAUUGAAGGACCACUGGAGCCAGGGUUGACCUCCUCUCGGACUACAGACGUACCUGAAGAUUCUUCAUUUGUCAACUUCUUUAGUACUGCUAUGAAUUUGGGACAUAAUAAUAAUAAUACUCCAAAUCCAGUUAGUUCAAUACAGCCGUACCAUAAUUCAACAACAAUUCCUUUAUCUUCCCGUGAAGUACCUUCGCCCGUGGUCAACACUCCACCAUUGCAGAUCCCCUCAUCCUACACAUCACUGCCGCAACAUGACAGUGUUGACCAGGUCAACAGCACCAACCACGUAACCAAUCUCAUUAAACCUCUUUCUUUCUUUACACCAUCCUCUUCGUCUUCUUCUGCUCCAUUAGUAAGACAGCCUUCAGCACCUGUGCCGGUUUCCACCCUUCAGCCGCCACUGAAUGUACAAAGAAGUGUCGGUAUUCCCUUGCUUCAGCCAUUCCCUCCGCCCACACCACCGGUAUCACUCACUCCUACUGCCGCUUCUGGUCCAUUGCAUGGACCGUUGACUAGGGAAAAAGUCAGAGAGGCUGUUGUAAUGCUUGCACAGGAUAACCAGUUUAUUGACAUGUUCUACAAUGCUUUACUUAAAGUACACCAGUCAUAACUGAGGAAAAAACCUCCAGAAACGUUGUCUAUAGAUUUUGAAGACUUUUAUGUUGGGAACACUUAAGGUUUUUUAUUAUGAUUGUAUUGUUGGACUUUCAAGUUAUAUAUAAGAAAACAAUCCUUUUUAUGGCU